AAUAUUCGAUGACCACACAAGCAAUGUUGAAAUCAAAAAUCUAAGUCAAUUUUAACGAUUUUUUUCAAAUUCACUUAAAUCAACUGCACAUUAAACAAAACGGGAGAUAAUGGGUAAAGAACAGGAUCUAUUGGAAGCAUCACGAAGUGGACAUUAUCAUAUUAUUGAAAAAAUUCUUACGGCUCGAAUUAAGAAAAGUGGACCGCUUAAUUUAACAAGCCUGAGAAGAUUACCCGGUCCGAAUACAACUGAUCCCAGAAAUGGUUUUACCUGUUUACAUUAUGCUUCCCUUAAUGGUCAUAAAGACAUUGUACGGAUAUUGUUGGAACAUGGUGCCAAUCCAAAUGUAGUGGAUCAUAAUGGAUCAUCUCCAUUACAUCUAGCUUCAUGGACCGGAGAUUAUGAAAUUGUAGAUAUGUUAAUUUCGAUCAACAAUGCCGGUAAUGGAAAUAAUAGCAGUGGGAAUAAUAAUAGUCAGACCAAUGAUAACUCGGCAAAAAGGACGAUAGCGGAUAUUAAUCUCAAGAACAAAGACAAUGAAACAGCAUUACAUUCUGCCUGUCAAUACGGUCAUACUCCUGUUGUAUCGUUAUUAUUGACUCAAGGUGCUGAUCCAUUCGUACAGAAUAUCCGCCACGAAACUCCAUUAGAUUUAGCUAGUCAAUAUGGCCGUUUAGAAACAAUUGAAUUGUUGUUGAGAAUACGUUUCGAUUUGCUCAAUGAAUAUUUGCCAACAAAUAGAAACAAUAACCAGAAUUCUGUUAUACGAAGGCCACAUUCACCAUUACAUUUGGCUUCGCGAAAUGGUCAUAAAUCGAUUGUAAAAUUACUACUGGAUCUAGGAUUUGAUGUUAAUUACCUGACGGUGAAUGGAACGGCAUUACAUGAUGCUGUAUUGUGCGGUAAAAAUGAAGUUGUUCGUUUAUUACUAGAAGCAGGUACCAAUAUACAAUUAUGCAAUGAUCAUGGACAAAAAGUUACACAACUACUUGAAGGCCUAAACACGUCUGUGGCCAAACAGACAAGAAAAUUGAUUAGAGAACAUAUACAACGUAUAAAUGAUAAUAAUUUGGAUGAUGAUGAUCAAAUCAUGAACCGUACGAACGAGUUAAUUUCUCCCAUGUCCGAUUCUACAACUAGUCAUAUUAGUCAUACAAACAGCUAUGGAGGUGGGCAACUUUGUGGUGAUCAUUCACAAUCUGAAGAUCAGGAUCUAACUAUUGUCGAUUCAAUGUUACAAGAAGAUAUGAAUAUACUCUAUAAUCAUCAAGAUAAUAAUAAUCCGGAUUUCGAUGAUCUUAUAAUGGAUGAUGAAGAUGGAACCGAUAUUCAAUGCAUUUCACCACCGCCUGGCUAUACUGAUGGUGAUCAUAUGAAUGAACAUGAUGACGAUCGUCAUCAAGUUGAUCAUCUUUAUCCAUUGAGUCAUGAACAUGGCGGUCGCCUCGAUUGUAUUUCUCCGUCUUCUUCGCUGUUUUCUACAUCCAUCUUUUCAGAAUUAGCAUCUAUUUUUGAUGAACAUCUCAAUCAAAGAAAUGGAACAGAAUCAAAAUGUAUAGAAUCGAAUCAAUUAAUGAAUGAUGGCUCAAUAGAAUCGCAUUCAGCACAAAUCAAAUCUUCAAAUUCUUUCACGAUUGAUGAUGAAAAACUGAUGUAUCGCUCAUCAACAUCAAAUCAGAGAUUUUUCGAUGAUGAUCCUAAUAAUAAAAACCGUCAUUUUCAUCAUCAUCAAUCGUUUAAUGAUGUGGCAAUAUAUGGUCGUGAUUCACCAUCACGUCGAAUUACAUCACCCAAUCUAUUGGUGGGUGGUGCAUCAUCUUCAAAUAUUCUAACUCAUGAUGACCAUUUAUCCCUUGGAAUGAUGAUGAUGAUGAGUACAUCGCUCAAUUCGAAGUCUAAUUUUGAUAAUGUUAUUGUGAACAAUAACAAUGAUUCUGUAAUCAUUUCGUCAUCUAAUUAUUCUAUUUCAUCUGCUGCAUCUUCCACAACCAAUAUGAACAAGACUUCCGGGAUCCAGCCGCCUACUAAGCCGCCAAGAAAAACUAUUGAUGCUAAGAAAAUUUCAAAGGCGAAAUCUGUUGAUCAAUGUUCAGUUUCUACAAAAGUCAAAUUGUCAACUUUAGUUGAUCAAAAUGAUAAUUCAAAAGUAUCUUUAGGAAUGACCAGACUAGAUAGUGAUGAAAAACGACAACCACCAUCUUCGACUACUAUAAAGACCAAUCAAACCGAAUCUCGAUUAUCGGAUUUGGUUGAUUCAAGUGAUCAUAGUACUUCACAGGAUAUGAACAGUGUUAUUAGCAAAAAUGAAAAUAAUCAAACCAAAAGCAAGAAAACAAAAAAACCUCAAACAAUCGUUUCAAAAUUAAAAGACAAUGAUGAAGUACAUAUUGAUUCAUCGUUGUUAUCAUCGGCGACACACCAUUCCAUUGAUGAUUUUUAUCUACUUUAUGAUCAGGCUGCACGUGAAGAAUAUGAAAAAGAGAAAUCUAACAAUCAUCAACAAGAUCAUCGAUCGUCGGUAAACUAUCAAUGUUGGAAACAGCAGACCCCGCAACAACAACGUUUGCAAUCGUCAUCGCAACUACUAAAAUCGAAAGCAGAAGUAAAUGAGCAACAAAUCCUAACCAAUGUGAAUAAACCGAUUGUGAGCAAUUCUAAUCGCGAGACUGAUAACAUUUUAAUGCCGAAAAAUGAUCCGCCAAGUCCAAAUAGUGCCGAAACCGAAAUCAUUCAUGCGAUGGAACCGUUACGACAGCAAUUUUAUGACGAUCAUAACAUUACAAUUUUGAAGACAAAUGGCCAUUAUUCCGUUUCCGCUGAACCGAAACGAACGAAACGAAGAAAAAAAGCUGUUUCAAUUUUAACAAAAAAUUGUCACCAUUAUCAAGAUUGUCGUGAUAAUUGGACAUUAACUGAUCCGGAUAAUAACGAACAAAUCAAUGAGAAUAAUAUGGAGAAGCAUGAAAAUAAUAAAAAAUCAAUUGGAAUACUUGUUCAAUUGGGAAAUGUGGACAAGAAUGCUAAAUUAAUUACAAGAUGUGGAGUGGAAGGACAUGCUCGUAAUCGUCAUCAUCGAAAUCCUAAUAAACGACAACAACAACGAUCGGAACAGCAACCCAAUUUAUCUACACAACCGUCAGAACAAAAGCGUAAAAAUAAUGAACAGCCUCAAUCAACUGAUUAUUAUAGCGCAUUUUGUGAGACAUUAAAAUUUGAUAAAAAAGGUGAAAAAGAAAAUCCAUUUGCCGGAUUAUGUCGAGGAGGAUUGACGCCGGCUAAAUCCAUUGGAAAUAACCGAAACGUAACGGUACAACCAGCGCCAUCAUCAUCAAACGGAACAAUGGAAAAGAAAAAGAAAACAGUUGAAUUGAGUGAAGCGAGAAAAUCGCUUCGCAAACAAAGAUCUAUCCUGAGUGGUCGUGCUGAAUCCUUGACCAAACUGAACAAUGGCAAAUUUUCCGUUCAUAAUCACACCGGUAAUGAUGACAAUCAUGAAGAAAAGAAAAAAACGAAAUCAAUUGAUCAAAGAUCAUCAACAACAAUGACUGGUGCAAUGAUAACACAGCCGAAUAAUAUUUAUGCAACUUUACGAAAGAAAAAGAAAAGUAAAAGUCUUAAUGGAGACCAUCAAUUGACAGUGAUUGACAUAGAUGGAGGUCAUCAACAAAACAGUGAUGGUCUCCAUUCAACCGAUACAAAAGAUCGAUUAUUGAACAAUAAAACUAGCAUUCUUCAGGAUCAAAGUCAACAAAUUUUCCUUUGGCUCAAAGAGAUUGACAUGCAACAAUAUAAAGAUAUUUUAAUUCAAAACGGUUACGAUGAUCUGGAUUUUAUGGAUAAUAACGUCAUGGAUGAUAAUGAUCUGAUUGAAAUCGGCAUAAUUCAAGCAUUGCACCGAGACGCCAUUCUUCGCGCCGCUCAAUUAUUACCCUAUAGGACACCUAAGUUGACACGUGAUCAAAUACAACAGUUAUCAAUUGCAGAAUGGCUUGCGUUCAUUCAUCUAAAGCAAUAUGUCGAUAUAUUUCAUAAUAAUGGCCUUACAGAAUUAAGGAAAAUUCGCAACAUUUGGGAAGUAGAAUUGGAAACAAUGUUGGAGAUUGAUAAAUGUGGUCAUCGUAGACGAAUCCUCUAUUCAUUAUCCGAUUUUAAUCAACGUGAUUCAAUGAUCGUGUCGGAUAAUAGUGAUGCUCUUUCGCCAUGGCUAUCCACGGAUAAUGCUAGUACGUGCACGAAUCUUGAACGCGAACGAGAUCGAACAACGGAACAACAACAAAAUCCGUCAACAACAUCGUGGAAAGGCUGGAAACAUGCUCGUCAUGAAUUAAUUAAUGGAGAAUGCCAAUAUUUAGUGAAUUAUUUAGGAUCAACAUUAGUCCGCGAAUUACGCGGAAUCGAUUCGACACGAGCAUCAAUUGGAAAAUUGAAAUCAGCAACAGCCACUUCGAAUGAGAAAAUACUGAAAAUUUUACUAUCGAUUUCAUGCCAGGGAGUACAGUUUAAGGACUCAAAAUCAAAUAGAUUAAUAUGUGAGCACGAAAUCCGUAACAUUCAUUGCAUUUGUCAAGAUAGUGAAGAUUUAAAUUAUUUUGCUUACAUUACAAAAGAUUUUGAAACAAACAAUCACUAUUGUCACGUAUUCAUGUCAACACAAACGGAUCUAGUCACGGAAAUAAUUCUUACCUUAGGGCAAGCAUUCGAGAUUGCCUAUCAAAUUGUUUUGGAGCAAUAUAAUAUACAUGUUAAACAGCAAACAACGACAAUUUCAGCCACAAAUCAAGCAUCGCUGAUAGCAAAAGAACAUGGAAAUUUAUCCUCUUCAUCAUCUGGAACACAAAAUCAGGGUGAUCAAAAUAAUAAUUUACAUUCAACAUUUGUUAAAUUGAACCAGCCACAAAAAUCAGAUGAACAACGAUCAUCAUCUGUAAAUGAUUCAAUACAAGAACAUUGCAAAGUUGUUCAACAAUCAUUGAAUGAUGAUGUAUCAAUUACUGAAAAACCUAUUGAACAAGAAUUUAGACUAUUAUCAACACCAAUGUUACCUACAUCAAUGCAUAUUGAAAAGGAUCAAAUUGAAGCAAAUUCCAAACCGAUCAUGUCUAAGGUAGAAAACUAUACGAAUGGAACUGAAGAAUUAUAUGCUGUUGUGGAUAAAAGUCGAAAAACCAAAUCUAAAUCAUUGCAGCAGCAACCCAAAAUCAUUAACGAACAAAAACAAAUGAAUGAAAGUGAAAAAGAAAAUCGACCUGUUCCUCCAAUUCGUUCAUCAUCUACUGCAUCUUCCAAUUCAAGUACUGGAACACGUCCAGAUUCCAAACAACAACAACAAUCACAACCGAAACCAAAACCACCGGUUCGUGUUCAAUCAAUGCAGAAUCAACAAAAACCAGAAGUUUCACCUAAGCCAAAAAAUUUGAUAAAUAAAUCCAACACUGUUACAUCAUCGUCGAUGAAUUCCAAACCUGUACUGGCAAGAUAUCAGCCGCAAUUGUUUUCAUUUCAACAACCACAUCCAAAUCAAUCGAAUCAUUCCGAAUCAUUAUCGCCUAUGACAAAUUCAUUGCCAUCACAAGUAUCACAAGUAUCCACAUUCAUCAAUCACAAUCAAAUGAUUGAUCGAAAAUUUUGAUCUCAUAUAAUUCUUCAAAUUCUUAGAAUGUCCAUUUUUAUUCUAGUUUUUUCCAAAGCGAAUCAAAGCUCAUUAUUUUAUUUUUUGUCGAAUGAGGACAUGAUAAUUCUCUAUUGUUAAGUUUGCCUUUUACUUUUUAUUUGUUAUAAUUUUCAACAAAUAUCUGUUGUUUGUU